UGCCACUUCCUCUGUGAAAAAAUAGUGCCUUGAGACUUAAAACUGCGAUUACAUUUGGAUUAUCAAUUAGAUCUAGAUCUUCAAGGAACAUAUCUGGCGAAAUAAAAGCCUGACGAUAAUAAAGACUAUGUCGGGUCAUGAUAAACAAGAGUUUGGUGUAGAGAUGUUUGACUAAGUACAAACCACUUUGGAUAGUCAAAGUGGCAUGCAUUGAGUACCUUUAUGGCAGUAUUACCUGUUCUAAGGUGACAGCUCUGAAAAGAGGUAAGAAGGGCCUGAUCUCUUAGACAUAGGCAGCUGCUGCAGAGUGGUGCUGCGCCCUGCUUGGAGUCCAAAGACACAGUAGCAUCCUGGUUCUAUCACUUACUAACUUUGGGAUCUUGGAAAAGCUUGUCCAACCUCUUUGAGUGUCAGCGACCUUGUUCAUAAAAAUGGUACUGAUUCCUGCCUUUCAGGUAAGUAUCGUAAAUGGAUGUGGUAACAAAUGUGAAAACACAUUGUGCACUGUAAAGGUUGCAGUUAAGUAAUGUAAGACAACGUGAUCACAGUGGCAGAGUUCCUGUUACGGUGUACGGGUUAGGGAUUCGGCCUUGUCUCUAUGAUGGCACAGGUUUGAUCCUCCCCUGGAAAUCCAUAUGCCUUGGGUAUUUCUGAAAAGAAAAGAAAAGAAAGAAAAGAUCACAGUGGCAAUUAGCGGCUUCCUGAAUGUUGAGGGUAUUUUUUGUUUGGGUAUUUUUUGGGGGGGGGCAUGUUUGCAGCAUGUGAAAGUUCCCAGGCCAGUGAUCAAAUCAGUGCUACAGCAGAAACCCGAGCUACAGCAUUAACAAGCCUGAUCCUUACCUCACUGUGCCAGAAGGGAACGCUGAGGAUACCUUAUCCAACCUGAAGGAAACUAAAAUGAUAGUGGUGUUAAGAAUGGGAACGUUAGAACAGGCAUCUUGACUUCUAACUUGGGCUGUGUUAGGUUUCAGUAGACUAUGACCAGAGAUUUCCUACAGGUAAAUAUUGCUUUGGUACUUGAGGCCCUCUCAAGAUCUUAAAUGUUUUGACCUUAAACAAUUCCUACAAUGAUCUGUUUCUACUCAGCAGGGUUUAUACUCCAUGGUUCCUUUUCAGGCCAAGUAAGUUAUUUUAACGUUAAAUGUUUUUUCUAACCUUGGAAAUAUUUCAAAUUUAUAGCGGAUAUACCUCUUAAAGAGCUUGUUUAGAUCUAUGUAUUUUUACAAUAUCCUCUUCUUUUGGUUGAAAUUGAAAAGUAGGGUUAUGUGUUAAUACUUUGUUGAGAUGUGCGUGUAAGUCAGUAUUUUGUUAGUGAAAGUUUUUGCUCUGGCUUUCCAUGGUCUUGUUUCCAAAGUCAGUUGUCAAAUGAGAAUAAAAGAUCGUCUUGGUCUGGAGAGCAUAUGUGUCAAGUUUUCUAUUUAAAGGUUUGUGUUUUCCAUCCAUGCUUCUGUUACAUUGAAAGGAGGAAAUUACAAAUAUUCAGUAGGAAACCCAGGUACUUUCUUAGAAAGAGAUGAGGAAAUCUUUAUGCAGCUCAUUAUCAAUAUUAAUUUUAACAGAGUAUCUCUGAGAGUCUUCCACAGAAGUAUGCUGAUCAUUUACCUGGAGCUGCAGGUCAAAUAGGUAAAAAUAGAGUAAAUGGAGAAAUAGAAGGUAAGAACUGUAUUUUGUAAAAAGACAUUUGACCGAAUGAUGAUUUAAACCAGGUAUUUUGAUAUCUUCUUUUUUCAAACAUUAUUCUGUAUUGGUGUUUUAUGACUUGCAUGCUUUAUUUCCUUGCUAUUUAUUAUUUGUUUAUUGGCUGCACCUGCAACAUAAGGAAGUUCCAGGCCAAGAUUGAACCUGAGCCACAGCAGUGACAAACCUGAAUCCUCAAACACUAGGCCACCAGGGAACUCCUGAUAUAUUCGAAUAGCCAAAGAAAACACCUGUUGAAUGCGUGGUGAAGAAAAAGACCAGAAAGGAAAGGAAGUUGUUUGGCUUCUCAGGUGUCUGUCAGCAACAGUUUAAAUUGAGAGUCCUGUUUAAGUAGCUAAAUGAGUAACUCCAUUGCAGGAUGCUCUACAACCUAAGGGAAGUCAGGGAAUAGGGAAGAGGAAGAGAGAAGUAAAGGAUGAGUGAGACAGAGAUUGCAGGGAGGAAAUGAAGGAAGAGGAAGCAGGAGGCUGUGGUGGAAGGCAGCAAAGUAAAAUAUUUGUACACUAUUUCCUAGAAAAAGGAAGGGAGGGUAUUUGAAAUGUGGCAUGAAUAUCCAGCAGCAGAACCUGUCAGAGAAGAACAGCAAAACAUUCCCACUCUUACUGUCCUGAUGGUUAGAAGGCAUCCAGGAUGCAAGUCCUUGGUCGAGUGUUAUCCUCCGCAGGUGGACAUGGGCAUAUGUGCUCAACUGUAAAUGUAUAUACAUUAAUGUCAUAGGAAAUGCUGCUGCUUUGUGGGAUGGUGUCCUAUGGACCACAGGAGAGAAUUGGUAAGAAUAGAACAGGGUGCCUUAUGGAGAGAUCGAGGAAGCUGUCGCAUGAUAAGGAGUCCAUUUGAAAUUUACAACUUCUAAUGCAGAUUGAGGUUUCCUGAAGUGUUACAGUAAGGACCUUGAGGCUAGAUUUCAGAAGGAUGGUUUAAGUUGAAGUAAUAUAGAAGCAGACUUAGUAUAGACCAGACGUUCUCAAGUUUUAAUGAGUGAACUUGCACCUCAUGAAAAGUGUACCUCCCAAGCAGCAGAUGUUGGACUCUGCAUUUCUAACAAGCUCUCAAGGGAUGCCCAGGUCGCUGGAUUUCAGGCCAGACUCACAGUCGCCAGGGUGUCAUCUUGGAUUAGAGAAAUCUGGGAGAAAUGCCAUUGGAUAGUUCAAGACAUGACUUGAUCAAGGAAACGUGUCAUUUUGUUUUUCUUUCUUUCUUCCCUUCUUUUUUUGGCCUUGCCCCAGGCCUGGGGAAGUUCCUGGGCCAGGGAUGGAACCUGUACCAGAGCAGCGACCCAAGCCACUGCAGCAACAGUGCCAGGUCCUUAACCUGCUGGGCCACAGAGAACUCCUGUUUUUCCUUCUGACCAUGUUUAUAGCCAGAAGGAAGCGAGGAGUUGAAGUGGAAAUUAUCCAUGUAGAACACUACUGCCAAGCCAGAAGGAUAAAAGACAUGGUGGGGAUGAGCCAUCAAAAGCAAAGCAUGUAAAGGGGAAGAAUUCAGACCACAGAUCUAGAGAUUGUCUUUGAAGAGGGAAGGACAUAGUGAAAGGAAGGAGGGAGGAACGAAAGGCAUGAAGUAGACGAUUUUGGAGGAAACUCGAGAGAAUACCUUAUAAAUGGCUUUAGUGUAUUUGCACGGAAACGAAAUAAGAUCAUCGCUGCUCCAAAGAAUACUGGAGAAUCGGGGUAAACCACAGCCACUCUUCAUAACUGUUUGGCAUCAAAGAUAUAUGCUGUAUAGGUAUUGAUUUUAUGCACAUAAGCUUCAUUUGCAUAUGGAAGCAUUGGCAAUUGUUUUUAUUUUUUUAUUUUUUUUUAUUUGUAUUUUUUUUUUUUGGUCUUUUUGCCUUUUCUAGGGCCACUCCUGUGGCAUAUGGAGGUUCCCCGGCUAGGGGUCUAACCGGAGCUGUGGCCGCCGGCCUAUGCCAGAGCCACAGCAACACGGGAUCCGAGCUGUGUCUGCACCCUACACCACACCUCAUCACAAUGCCGGAUCCUUAACCCACUGAACAGGGGCAGGGACCGAACCCGCAACCUCAUGUUUCCUAGUCGGAUUUGUUAACCACUGUGCCACAAUGGGAACUCCUGUUUUUGUUUUUAAAGAUAGCUAUUUUUGUUAAUGCAGCUGUUUCCCCAAAACCCUUUUCAACAUUAGCAUGUUAGACCAAACCAAGUUGAUUUUGGAAAUGAAAGAAGUUAAUAGUGUUCAUUCCAUCAAUGCUAAAUUUGGUAUUGUCAGUAAAUAUAAACCUGAUCUUCAAAUAAAAAAAGAUCUUUAAGAAUGCUGUAGCAGAAAAGAAAAUCAUGAACUUGGACGGGGAAAAAAUUAAAAAAAAAUUAAAAAAAGAAUGCUGUAGCAAUUUUGAUAAUUGUAUUUCAAUAUCAAAAAUUUCAUAUAUGUCAUUUCUUAGAUGUGUGUUAUAUACCUUCUUGCACGAAUGGAUCAAGGAACAUUCUGAUGGCUGAAGCAGAGGAUCCAAGAAAUGGAGGCAUACCAGAAACCCCAUGGACCUGCCUCAGUCUAGUGAUGGCAAAAGCCCUUUUGAUUUGCCACUUGCCCACUCCAAGGAGAUGAACCGCAUGAUUCAAAGAAAAAAUCAUGAUGUUUCUGCUGUUAAAAAAACUUCUAAUGAGAUCACACCAGUACAAGAUUGGUCCAAGAAGCCGUGGCAUGCAAGUAAUGUCUGUGCUAAAGAAAGUAAAAGCAUCAGACCCAAAUUAGAAACUUGGAAUUUUCAACCAAAUAGUAACAGAACAUCCAAAAUAUAUUUAAAAGAAGAAUUACAGCAAGAUGUGCAAAGGUUUAAGAAUGAGGUUGAGAAAGAAAAGAAGCAGCACAGAAGCAACAUGAUGGCAAUAUCAGAAAACAGACGUGGCGCUGAUGAUGACAGUGGAUUAAUGCAACAGAGAGAGAGAGGCAAAAGUAAUCACCAGUGGUUUCCUACUGUGGAGAAUGAAGAUUCUGAUAGCGGCAGUUCUGGCAUGCAUAUGAAAGAAGUAUGGAAAAAUGAAAGAGAAAAAUGGUCAUCAGAAGAACCUGUGGUUCCACCAAUAUUUGAGAAGGCUGAUUCACCACUGACUGUUGAUUCUCUCCACGUGAAUGAUGGCAGACGCUUAAGUGAAAGAGAUCAGGAUGAUGGCAGGCCUAUAAAGAAAACACCUAAUGAAAAGAACAAGGUCAAAGAGCAAAUUAAUUCUGUGGAUGACCUUGAGGACUUAACUCAGUUCCCUGAAACGGCUUCCAAGGAUCGAGCUGAGAGUCUCGAGAAAGCAAAAAAACUGUUGUCUGAAAACCACAUGUCACAGAAUGAAAUUGCCAUGUUAAAACAGAAAAUAGAGGUAAUAAAAAAUCAUAGCCAGGAAAUGGGAAAGAAAUGUUUUAGGGACAUUAAAAGCAAAAAAAAGUUUGCUAAACUUCAAGAGAGAGUAAAACUUGAAGACAUAUUAACAAAAACAAUCUUGGAAUGCAGUAGACGGCUUAAUGUUCUGACAGCUGAGAAUACAAGGCUGAAGUCUGAACUGGACAAUGAAAGACAAAAUAAAGAAAGACCGGAAAGGCAAGUUGAAUCAUCCCACUCUGGAUUGGCUGCUGCCACACAUGAUCAAGAACAAAGUCAGACAUCGGAAAGAGACCUGGAGCUUGCCUUCCAGAGAGCAGAAGAUAAGUGCUUCCCCUUCCAAGAUGAAAUAAAUUUGGAUGUGUCUAACCUGAAAGAUAGCAAGAUGCAUUCCCAGCAACUGUCUACAACUGAAGGAAAAUCCAAUAGCCUAGAAACCGAGCUCCAUCACAGGAGAGAUGCUCUCGGAGAAAAGUCUUUGGUGUUUGAACCUGUACCUGUACAGAGAGACCUAAGCCAAGCACAGUGUCAGAAGAAGGAAAUUGCACACAUGCCUCCAAGUGAACAAGGCAAAGUGAAGAAGUACAUGGGCGAGCAGCAAGAGUCCUUGAAGGAGAGAUCAUCCCAACUAGAGAGUGAAAACCUGUUGCUGCGACAGCAGCUGGAUGACUUGCAAAAGGAAGUCGACAGCAAGGAGAAAAUGGUAAAUAAUCUCCAGGACCAGUGUCUGGAUAGUAUCAAAAAACUCCAAGCUGAAAGUGAAAAACCACAUCUGAUGCUGAAGGAAAGAAACAAGGAGUUACCCGAGGAAUGCAGUCACCUGAAAGAGAGGAGGAAUCAGUAUGAGAAUGAGAAAACGGAAAGAGAAGUGGUUGUGGGACAACUUCAACAAGAACUGGCUGAUUCUCUAACAAAGCAGUCCCUGUCUGAGGCUUUAUUGGAGCUGAUGUCGCCUGAUCAUGCUAAAUUAGAGGAUGAGACACAGGAUUUAAAGAAGAAGCUACGUCAAAUCACAAGUCGAUUGCAAGAAGCACAAGAACUACAUAUAGAGGCCGUGAAGUCUACCGAGAAGAUGAAGGAUCACAUGCAAAACCUUGAAAUUGAAUCUGCCAACUUAAAAGUGACGAACAAAAAGCACGUGGGCGAAAUUGAACAGCUUCAUAGAAACCCGCCAAGUGCAAGUGUGUCUGUGGAUGGAAAGGAACAAUUAAAGCAACUGAGGGAGUUCAUACCGUUUGUGGAAAGCAGUUUGGAUCGGGAAAAGAAGAAAACUGAUGGAUUAGAAAAAGAGCUUACUGGAUUGAAGGAACGCUUGGAAAUGGCAAGAAGGGAAGUAAAUGAACAUGAAAAAGGAGAGCUUAGUGCCCAAGGUGUUGUAAAAAGCAGUCCAACUGAAAUGGAUAUUCAGAUAGAUACGCUAAAACAUAAGACACAAGCAGCGUCUCAAGAAAACUUAGAGCAAUAUCUGAAAUCUCAAUGCUCCAAAGAACACACUUUUCAUGAAUCUUCUAGUAAAAUGAAAUUGGAAAAAUAUAAGAAACUCUACCUAGAAGAAUUAAAAUUGAGAACGUCGCUGGGAAAAAAACUGAACAAACUUCACGGAUUAAGGAGAGGCUGGCUGAGACCAGUACGAAACCUCUGUUGAAGAAACAGCGGAACAGAUCUUUACCCCAAACAUUUACUACAAGUCCAGUCCUGGAGCCACCUGGUGCUGAAAAUAUUCCCAGUAGCUCCGUGUGUUCAGAAGAAAUCUUACAACAAGAGAAACCUUAACGUCUUCUACCUCACGUUCACGGCCUUCUUUUGACAGCAUUGUGACUGACUUGAUGAAGAGUCAGCGGAAGAUGGAAAAAUAUAUAAAUAGAGCAUUAGCAGAAGGCAUUGCUGAACUUGAUUCUUGUGUACCGGAGAGCUUCUCAUCUAAGAUCUAGUGAUGAGCCCUUUUGUAAACAUGACACAAUAUGUACAGAUUUUGAAGAAAACUUACAUUGUCUGAAAAAGAAAUAGUAGAACUUUAUAUCUGCUGGACAGUUAACAUAACAUUUUUGUUUGUUCCCAUUAAAUAUGUUGUAAAAAUCCUUAUCGAAGCAAAUAUUUUUGUGUCAUAUGUGUACAAGAAUUUUUAUAGUAUUUUCCAUCAUUUUUCUCUGUAUGUAACAUUGAAGGAGAUUUUGUGAAUAAAACCCAGCACUGUUGAGUUUU